UCUCUCUGGGGGAGAGAGAGGAGGAGACCACUGCCUCUAAAAUGAGUCUCUCUGGGGAAAGAGAGGAGGAGACCACUGCCUCUAAAAUGAGUCUCUCUGGGGAGAGAGAGACCACUGCCACUAAAAUGACUCAAGACACCAGUUCUAAGAGUGUCCAGAAGCCCAGAGCAGAGUCACCUACAACCAUCCUGCUAUCAAUGAAGAGUGAUCGGCCACCUGCUUUCAGCCAGGAACCAUUACUAGAUGACAAUAAGGAAGUGGAGAGUUUGGACAGUGAGGAUGUAUUAAAGAUCACACACAACCUUCUGGACAGAAGAAGUCAAACUCUGCUGACAGUCCAACAAGACAUCAAGGCUAAACUGAAACACAAGUAUCAACACAUAUCUGAAGGAAUUGGACACCAUGGAAACCAAAGUCUGUUCAAGGACAUCUACACAGAGCUCUACAUCACAGAGGGUGGAAGUGGAGGGCUCAAUAAUGAACAUGAGGUUAGACAGAUAGAGAUGGCAUCCAAGAAACAAACCACACAAGAGACACCAAUCAAAUGCAACGACAUCUUCAAGCCUUUACCUGGACAAGACAAACCUAUCAGAACUGUGCUGACAAAAGGAAUCGCAGGCAUUGGAAAAACAGUCUCUGUGCAGAAGGUCAUCCUUGACUGGGCAGAGGGAAAAGCAAAUCAGGACGUUCAUUUCAUGUUUCCUCUUCCUUUCCGUGAUCUGAACCUGAAAAAGGACCAAUACAGUCUGAUGCAACUUCUUUCCCACUACUUCCCAGAAAUGAAAGAGAUUGACAGCAUUGAAGAUGUGGAAACCAAAACUGAUUUCAUUUUGGAUGGUCUGGAUGAGUGUCGACUUCCUCUAGACUUCAAAAACAAUGAGAAGUGCUCUGAUGUCACGAAGACAACCUCAGUGGACGUGCUACUGACAAACCUCAUCGAGGGGAAUCUGCUUCCCUCUGCUCUCCUCUGGAUAACCACACGACCUGCAGCAGCCAAUCAGAUCCCUCCUGAGUGUGUUGACCAGGUGACAGAGGUACGAGGGUUCAAUGAUCCACAGAAGGAGGAGUACUUCAGGAAGAAAAUCACAGAUCAGAAACUGGCCAAUGAAAUCAUCAAACACAUAAUGACAUCAAGGAGCCUCCAGAUCAUGUGCCACAUACCAGUCUUCUGUUGGAUAUCAGCCACUGUCCUUGAGACAAUGCUGAAAGUGGCAGAGAAGAAUGAAGUCCCCAAAACUCUGACCCAGAUGUGCUCACACUUCACGCUCAUCCAAAUCAUUGUGAAGAACAGGAAGUACAACAAAGCCACAGAGACAAACCCAAAGGAACUGUCUCAGUCAGACAAAGAGUUGAUCCUUAAACUGGCAAAGCUGGCUUUCCAACAGCUGCAGAAGGGCAACCUGAUCUUCUAUGAGGAGGACCUGAGAGAGUGUGGCCUUGAUGUCACAGAGGCAUCAGAGUACUCAGCAUUGUGUACAGAGAUCUUUAAAGAAGAAUCUGGGCUGUACCAAGAGAAGAUCUACAGCUUUGUGCAUCUGAGCAUUCAGGAGUUUCUAGCAGCAGUGCAUGCUUUAGAAUCAUGUCUGGACAAGAAGGAAAAUGUUUUCUCCCCUACUAGUGAUGAUGAAGAGAAGGAGUCAAUCAAAUUGUCUGACUUACACAGGAGAGCAGUGGACCAGGCCUUGAAGAGUGAGAAUGGACACCUGGACAUGUUCCUCCGCUUCCUUCUGGGUCUCUCGCUGGAGUCCAAUCAGAAUCUGUUACGAGGCCUUCUGACACAGACAGGAAGUACAACACAGAGCCAUAAGAAAACAGUUAAGAGAACAGUCAGGUACCUUUCAGACAAGAUCAAGGAGGAAUCCUCACCAGAAAGGAUCAUCAACUUGUUCCACUGUCUGAAUGAACUUGGUGCCAACUCUCUAGUUGAAGACAUGCAGACCUCCCUGCGAUCAGGAACUCUUUCAGAAACAGAGCUAAAACCUGACCAAUGUUCAGCCCUGGCCUACCUGUUACUGAUGUCAGAGGAGGUGCUGGAGGAGUUUGACCUGAAGACGUACAACACAUCAGAGAAAGGUUAUCAGAGGUUGCUGCCAGUAGUGAGAACCUGCAAGAGAGCACUACUAGCUGGCUGUAAACUCACAUAUGAAUCCUGUGAGACUCUGACCUUAGCUCUACAGACACCAAACUCCCCCCUGAGAGAACUGGACCUCAGCUACAAUGACCUGGGAGACAGAGGAGUGGAGCUGCUCUGUGUUGGACUAACCAGUCCACUCUGCAACAUACAGACACUAGUUCUAGGUCAGUGUGGUCUGACAGAGGGUUGCUGUUCAGAUCUGGCCUCAGUCCUAAGUUCACCCAACUCACAACUGAAACAACUGGAGCUGAGAGACAAUGACCUGCAGGACUCGGGAGUUACAUUGCUGUCUGCUGGACUGGAGGAUCCAGACUGUAAACUACACACACUGGGGCUGUCUGGCUGUCUGGUCACAGAGGAGGGCUGUGCUGUUCUGUCUUCAGCUCUGAGGUCAAACCCCUCCCACCUGAAAGAGCUGGACCUGAGCUACAAUCACCCAGGAGACUCUGCAGGGGGACUGCUUUCAGCUGCUCUGGUGGAUCCCACAUAUAAACUGACGAAGCUGAAUGUGGAUCAUGGUGGAGAGUGCAGGCUGAAAUCAGGGCUGAGGAAAUAUGCCUGUCAUCUCACCCUGGACCCAAAUACAGCAAACCCAAACCUGAUACUGUCUGAGGGGAACAGGAAGGUGACAUGUGUGGUGGAGAAGCAGCAUUAUGAAGACCAUCCAGACAGAUUUGACUAUCUUUACCAAGUUCUCUGCAGAGAAGGCUUAUCUGGAGGUCGUUAUUACUGGGAGGUGGAGAGGGAUGGUAGCAUGGCUGACAUUGGUGUGGUUUACAAAGGAAUGAAGAGAAAGGGAUGGGAGGAUGCCAGUUGGAUUGGAGGCAAUAGGGAGUCCAGAUGUUUACUCUGCUCUCACAGUGGUUAUCGCUUUUACCACGAUGGAGUCAACAGAAUCAUCCCUGGUCCUGUUUCUAACAGAGUUGGAGUGUAUCUGGACUGGCCAGCUGGUACUUUGACCUUCUAUAGUGUGCCCUCCUCUGGUACACUGACACACCUUUACACAGAACACACCACAUUCACUGAACCCCUCUAUCCUGGGUUUGGGAUUUCCUUCUUCGCAGUGACCUCAGUGACCCUGUGUCAGAUAGAUGACCAACACAUUCAAAGUUGGAUCAAGCCUGGACCUGAGGACACCAGAGACCAUGGUGGAGAGUGUUGGAUCAAGCCUGGACCUGAGGACACCAGAGACCAUGGUGGAGAGAGUUGGAUCAAGCCUGGACCUGAGGACACCAGAGACCAUGGUGGAGAGAGUUGGAUCAAGCCUGGACCUGAGGACACCAGAGACCAUGGUGGAGAGUGUUGGAUCAAGCCUGGACCUGAGGACACCAGAGACCAUGGUGGAGAGUGUUGGACCAAGCCUGGACCUGAGAACACCAGAGACCAUGGUGGAGAGAGUUGGAUCAAGCCUGGACCUGAGAACACCAGAGACCAUGGUGGAGAGAGUUGUAUCAAGUCUGGACUUGAGAAAAGGAUUCCUCAGAGCUGUAAGACUUGUGACCAUGUUGAGGACUCCACACACUGGCUUCAGGUUGAACCCUUGACUUCCACUGUCCAGGGAGUGACAAUGUUCAGACACAGGACACCCAAAGGGAGUUAUGAGUGCACAGUGUCUGGGGUCCGCUGGCUGUGUGAGAGAGAUGUCAUUCUGAAGUAUCACUUCAGGAACUGGGAACCCUACAGUCAACUUCUGAAAGACAUGCAGUACACACAAGGUGGUCCAUUGCUGGACAUCACUAUGGAGUUAGGUGAACUGGAGGAAGUUCAUCUGCCACACUUUGUCUGUUUAGGGACCAACCCUUCCCUGAGGAAUGAGAUGAAGAUUCUUCAUGUAGAGGAACAUGGAGUGUCUUUAGAGGAAGUGCAUGAGGUCACCAGAUUCCAUGUUAAGAUUCUCCAUCCCAAGUUCUCAGCUAUCUCUGUUAUACUGAGCUAUAUCUUUUCAUGGAACGUAGAUGUCCACUGUGAGCUGAUGCUCUAUCUGACAGUGAAAAGGGAAACAUUAAUUUCUCGCCUGUACCUGUUCCCCUGGAACCCCGGCCAAAUACAGGCUGUGGAACAACAGGAAAAGCCUCAAGGGUCUUCAAGGAUUCUCACCUCCAGACCAGAGCCUUCCUUCAAACUGAAGAGUUCCUUCAGACUGAGCAUUCCCUGUUCUACCUCCAUCAAUCCACAGAAGAUUCAUCUCAUACAAAGAGACACCACACCAAGCUUUUUCAGGGCGGUUGUGAAAAUGACAGGGAUUGACAUUGAGAUGGAGUUAUUCAGUGAUGAUGAGAGGACAGUAUGGAAAGAAAAAGUAUCACAAGAUGAAUACAUCUCUGACACCCGUUCAACAAUCUCCCAGUCCCUGCCGCUGAAAAACAUCCCCACAGCAUGAUGCUUCCACCACC